CCCAGCAGUGGCCCGCACCGGCCCCCACCAGCCCGCACCGACUCUCCGCUUGGCCUCGUCUCAUCUUAUACUGGAUUCCUUCUUUUCCUUCACUGUCGGCUAUUUAAUUUUGAAGCAGGUUGCAGAACGCCUGGAGCUGUGGUCACGCUGAGUCAUUCAGGAUGUCAGGAUCCGUAUCGUCCUACCAGGAGGGCCGACAGCAGCUCUACAAGCAUGAGCAUCAUGAGCAUCGCAGUGCAGCCGUGUCGUCUGUUAGCGAGGUCCGCCAAUCCAGCACACGCUCCACUUCCACUUCCACCUCCACCCGCAUCAGCAAGACCAGCAAAAGGCGCCGGGGCAUCAGGGCUUCUGUUCAGUCAGUGAAGGCGCUUGAGGAGACUGACCUGAGAUUACUUUCCAAGAAAGGGAAGAGCACCUACCUGGCCUUGGACACGGAUAGCGAGAUCAUUGGCUACGUUGUGCCUGUCUUCAGAAGCAGUCAUGCGUUUGCUAAGGAACUUCUGGAGUCUCAGGAGGAGGAGAGGAAGGAGGAGAGGAUUGGCUAUGUGGCCAUGAGGAACCUGUUCACCAGAGAGGACAUUGAAAUGCAUCGGAUGGAGAAGAAGACAAGGGAGAAGAUCAUCAGAGAGUCUGCCGAACGUAUCGCAUUCAGUAGGAAAAUGCACGAGAAAGAAGAAUUCCAGAAGAAGAUGAACGCAGACAGCUUGACACACCCCCCAGAGUUCAUGGUGAAACCACGGUCCUACACCGUGUGGGAGAACCAGACCGUGACUUUUCAUUGCACAGUUGCUGGUUGGCCUAAGCCACGUGUGGCCUGGUACAAGAACAAUGUGCUCAUCGAUGCCAAGGCGUACCCUCACAAGUACAGGGUCGAGAGCAACUACAACAUGCACUCACUGGAGAUCAAGAACUGCGCCUUCGAGGACACGGCCCAGUACCGCAUCUCAGCCUUGAACAUCAAAGGGGAGAGCUCUGCCGUCGCCACCGUCGUGGUGAAAAAGUUUCAGGAAGGCGACGUGCUUGCCCCCCCAAAGCCCCAUGGCUUCAGCCCCGAAUAUGGAGUCACCUUCCGCACCCACAUCAUGGACCAGUUCUCCGUGUCGUUCGGCCGCGAGGGCGAGACAAUGAGCCUGGGCUGCACUGUGGUCGUUUACCCCAGAGUCAAACAUUACCAGCCUGAGGUGCUCUGGUACCGCAAUGCCACCCUCCUGAAGCCAUCCAAGUGGGUGCGCAUGCACUGGAGUGGGGACCGGGCUACACUCACCCUCACGCACCUGAACAAGGAGGACGAGGGCCUGUACACCCUGCGCAUCAACACCAAGUCUGGCUUCGACUCCUACUCUGCCUACGCGUUUGUCCAAGAUGCUGAUGUGGAGGUGGACGGCGUCCCCGUCGCUCCUCUGGAUGUACGCUGCCAAGACGCCAACAAGGACUAUGUGGUGGUGACCUGGAAGCAGCCGGCGGUGGAGGGAAGCAGUGCCAUCCUGGGCUACUUUGUGGACAGGUGCGAGGUCGGCUCUGACCGCUGGGUUCAGUGCAACGACACGCCAGUCAAGUUCGCCCGCUUCCCGGUCACGGGUCUGGUGGAGGGCCGGUCCUACGUGUUCCGGGUGCGCGCCAUCAACUACGCUGGCAUCAGCCGCCCGUCCCGCAUUUCCGAGCCCGUGGUUGCCAUGGCUCCCGCCGAACGCGCCUACCUACGCAGUCACCCGUCAGCACCCUGGACCGCACACAUCAUUGUCACAGAGGAGGAGCCCACAGUGGGUGUUGUCCCAGGUAAACCCAGUGACCUGGCUGUCCUUGAGGCGACCAAGAGCUACGUGGUGCUGGGCUGGAAGCCACCCUUCCAGAGAGGCCACGAGGGGGUCAUGUACUAUGUGGAAAAGUGUGUGUUGGGUACAGACUCUUGGCAGCGGGUUAACACCGGCAUGCCCGUGAAGUCGCCGCGCUUUGCACUCUUCGACCUGGCAGAGGGCAAGGCCUACAGCUUCCGAGUGCGGUGCUGCAAUUCGGCUGGUGUCGGGGAGCCGUCAGACUCAACGGAGCCGACCACCGUGGGAGACAAGCUUGAUCUCCCCGCUGCCCCAGGCCGUGUGGUGGCCACCAGGAACACCAGCACCUCGGUGGUGGUGUCCUGGGAAGCUUCCCAGGAGGCCAAGCAGCUCGUGGGCUAUUACAUCGAGGUCAGCGUGGUGGGCAGCGGAGUGUGGAAACCCUGCAACAACAAGCCAGUUAAGGUCACCAGGUUCGUGUGUCAUGGACUGAACACUGGUGAUCAGUGUGUGUUCAGGGUGAAGGCCGUCAAUGCCGCUGGGUACAGCCAGAGCUCCAAGGAAUCGGACAGCGUGGAGGUGAAGGCUGCCAUUGCACCCCCCAGCGCGCCUGCCGGCUUCAGGGUGGUGGAGAAAGUACGGGACAUCAUGGUUGUGGAGUGGGACCAGCCUAAGUUCAGUGGCGGAGUCGAGGUCACCGGUUACUUCCUGGAUGUCCGCAGCAUCAAGGAGGGAAAGCCAGGACAGUGGCACGAGGUCAACACAAAGGCGGUCAGCAUCAGGUCCUAUAAGGUGGAGAACCUGAAGGAGAAUGUGCUCUACCAGUUCCAGGUGCGAGCAGUCAACAUGGCCGGUGUGAGCACGGCCUCUAAGGCCACUGUUGCGAUAGAGUGUAAGGAGUACACCAUCACUGUUCCAGGUCCACCUGUUGGCCUCCACGUGACGGAGGUACGGAAGAAUUCCCUUGUGUUGCUGUGGGAACCCCCAGAGUUCCAGGGUCGCAGCAACAUCACUGGUUACUAUGUGGACAUAAAGGAGGCAGAUGCAGGAGAUGAGGCUUGGAGGGGUGUCAACGAGAAGGCCGUGCCUUCCAAAUACCUGAAGGUUACAGGUCUGAAGGGCGGGGUCUCCUACGUGUUCCGUGUGUGCGCUCAGAACCUGGUGGGGGUUGGACACCCAUCUCAGGUCUCUGCACCCAUCCUGGCUCAAACCCGUCCAGGAACCACAGAGAUUGUGGCAGAUGUGGAUGACAAUGGCAUCAUCUCCCUGGUGUUCGAAUGCUCAGAAAUGACAGCAGAGUCCCAGUUCGUGUGGUCCAAGAACUAUGAGAAGAUAACAGACUAUUCCCGGUUCACUGUGCAGACUGCUGGUGGCAAGUCGCGGGUUGUCUUUAAGGACCUGUCAGUGGAAGACCUGGGCAUUUACUCCUGCGUGGUCACUCACACGGAUGGUGUCUCAUCAAGCUACGCCUUGGAUGAGGAGGGAUUGAAACAUCUGCUUGACAUCAGCCACCAACACAAAUUCCCCAUCAUACCCUUUGCCUCGGAGCUGGCCGUGGAGCUCCUGGACAAGGGCCGCGUACGUUUCUGGCUGCAGGCGGAGAAGGUGUCUGCCAACUGCCAGGUGGACUAUGUGUUCAACAACAUGUCGCUCAGCCACGGAGAGAAAUACUCUAUGCACUUUGACAAAAACACGGGCAUCAUCGAAAUGUUCAUGGAGUCACUGGAGCUUGAGGACGAGGGCACGUUCUGCUUCCACCUGGUGGAUGGAAAAGCCACGGGCACCUCCAGCUUGGUGCUCAUUGGAGAGGAUUUCAGGGCUUUGCAGAAAGAAUCUGAAUUCAGGAGACAGGAAUGGUUCAGAAAGCAAGGUCCACACUUUGUUGAGUACCUCACUUUCAAGGUCACCCCAGAGUGCAAUGUGCUGCUGACGUGCAAGGUUGGAAACAUGAGGAAAGAUACUGAGAUUUUCUGGUCCAAGGAUGAGCAGGAUAUCGAGGAAGAAGAGGAGAAGGUUGACUUCAAAGACGAGAUUCUUACCCUCAACAUCUCCAAGAUCUCCAGGAAGGAUGCGGGGGUGUACCAAGUGAAACUGAGAGAUGACCGCGGCAAGGACAAGAGCAUAUUGAACCUCACCGACCAAGGUUUCCAGGAGGUGAUGAACGAGGUGUUCCGAGUCAUUGCAAACUCAUCCACGGAGCUACAGGUGACGAGCACCGCCGAGGGCAUCAUCAUCCACACCUCUGUGGUCUUCUAUAGCGAGGAGCUCCCCAUAGGCUGGCUACACAAGGACAGCAAGAUCUCGCAGUCGGAUCGGGUCCAGAGUGGUGUCACUGAGGAGCAGCUGUGGCUGAAGAUCAAGGAGCCCACUGAGAAGGACAAGGGAAAAUACACCAUCAACAUCUUUGAUGGCAAAGAUGGUGUGAAGAGGGUGCUGGACCUGUCUGGGCAAGUGUGGGAGACGGCGUACGAGGAGUUCCAGAGGCUGAAGGCUGCUGCCAUUGCGGAGAAAAAUCGCGCUCGAGUGAUUGGGGGCCUGCCAGAUGUUGUCACCAUCCAGGAGGGCAAGUCCCUCAACCUCACAGGCAACAUCUGGGGCAACCCGGUGCCUGAGGUCAGCUGGACGAAGAACGAGAAGCAGCUCGUGGCCGACGAGCACUAUUCCCUCAAGUUCGAGGCGGGCAAGUUUGCCAGCAUCGCAAUCGCCGCCGUCACCACGGUCGACUCGGGCAAGUACAGCCUGGUGGUGAAGAACCAGUACGGCACGGAGUCCGGCAACUUCACCGUCAGCGUGUACAUCCCCGAGAGCGAGGAGGCCGAGGAGGAAGGCGCCGAGAAGAAAGACAAGAAGGAGUAGAAUGGAUUUCCACGAGUAAAAUGCAUUUUGAAAUGAAAAGGAUGAAAAAAGUAUUUGCAGAAAGUAGAGAUAGAAAGAUUUUGGUGUUUUUUGUUUCUCUCCUGUGCAGGAGCGUCUUCUCUGGAUGAGGUUGAAAAAGUCACUUUCAGAUGUUGAGGCAGGAAUGUGUACAUUUCGAGUGUGGAUCUCCCACGUGGUGGAGUGUGGGGUGGGUGAGGGAGGGAGGAUGGCUCCUGCAGGUGGAGAAAACUGAGGACAUCUGCUUGUAGUGCCGGUCUUUUGUGUUGCCAGGUGCCCUCAGUGUUGAAGAGUACAGAGCAGCACCUUCCAGUAGGGGGCGCCCUUUGUGUGUCUCUUGGGUAUUUCAGUCCUUGUGUCGUUUCCAGUCGUUUUGUGCAGAAAUGGAUCUCUUUGUGUGUUUUGAAGCACGCACCACCUCUGUUAUCCCCUCUCCUCUCGAUAUGUCUUCAAGCCUUCGGCACCCUACAGGGAUCUGAGGUGGAGAGCCGUCACCCCGGUCAGGACGUCCCCUGGUGGGUGGGGUCCUGCUCUGACUGGAGGUGCAGGCUGAAGCGGUUAUGGCACAGAUAAGAUCUGCUAUCUAUAUGCCAUCGUCAGAGCAGGCAACACAGGUUAUGAACCAACGAGGUUUCCCACCCUCGGUGACACCUGAAGCACAGACAAUGAGGAUGAUGGGUGCUCCUGAUGGAGACGUGCUCCUCGUCAUCACUGGUUUGUGAAGAUUACUGGGUCAGGUUGAUCACUGUUUCCUGUCACGGGUAAAUGAUGGGUGUGAGCUGGGAAGGCUGUGCAGCCAGAGGACAGUGAUGGAAACACUUCCUGUAGUGGCGUUUGUUCAGAUAAUAAAUGGAAGAGGCAUUU